AUGACCCUCUUGGGUCGAUACGUCUUUCUCGGAACCUGGGAAGUCACAACGCAGCCCACUCCUCCAGGAUGCUUCUCAUCGCUUCCUGAAGGCCAGCUUAUCAUGAUUGCCUAUGUACUCGUUCUGUACAGCGGCUUCAUGACUAUGAUUCUCUGCUUGUACUAUGGGUUCCGGAUGUACUGGACUGAAAGGGAGACGGGACGCCUGAUCAAGAUCUUCUAUCGCGAUGGUGCGAUCUAUUUUGUAAUACUGUCAGCCAUGUCCAUAGCAAAUGCUGUCGCAGCCCUGUUCCUUCCAUCAAGAUAUCGUUUCCUAUUAGCACCACCUCAAGCAGUCGCGCACAGCACUUUAUCUAUUCGAAUGAUUCUCCAUCUCAGAGAAGGAGCCCGAAAGCAGAUGGGCUUUGGCACGAAUGAGCCUAGGGCUACUAUGACCUGGGAGUGGAGUGGUACUACGACGAGUCAACCAUUUAUGGCCACGCCUUACCGUCCACGAGCCUAG